AAAACAAGUUGUAUUAGUGGGAAAAAGAAGAAAAAACAACACCAAAGAUUAAACCAAUUAUACCAACAUAGCAAAAUUCAUUCAUUGCCACCCAAAUUCUCUUCAUUUCUUCUUUGUUUCUCUCCCUCCCUUUCUUUGGUGCAUAAUCGCACCUUCCACCACCACCCUGUCUGACGACGGCGACGGCCUCAAAACCCUUUUCCAUCACGUUACUUCUUCAUAAUCAUAGGGAUGGGGCGGCCGUCACGGCCAUCACCAUCACCAUCACCACCUGUAGAACCAACACCGUCUGACGAUGAUAUCGAGAAAGGAUCGAAAAGGGCACGUCAUAAGUCGAAAGUACCUCCUCCUCCUCCACCAUCGAAACUGUGGAAACCAUGGCUCAUGCCUCUCAUGUUCGUGGCUAACAUUUCGGUAUUUAUUUAUACCAUGUAUGUCAAUGAUUGUCCACAUACAAGUGGGACUUCAAAAUGUAUUUUGUAUGAAUAUUUGGGAAGGUACUCGUUUCAAAGUUUUAAAGAAAACCCUCUUCUUGGCCCUUCAUAUAUCACGCUGCAGACACUAGGGGGCCUUGAUUGGACUCAAGUGGUAGAAGGGAAGGAAUAUUGGCGUCUCUUCUCAUGCAUGUGGCUUCAUGCUGGACUUAUCCAUUUACUAAUAAAUAUGUUAAGCCUUUUAGGCCUUGGAAUCCGAUUGGAACGUGAAUUUGGGUUCGUGAGAAUCGGGCCGUUAUACAUGAUUUCUGGCUUCGGAGGUAGCUUGACGUCUGUUUUAUCUCUGGCUAGGAAAAGAAUCGUCUCCGUUGGUGCAUCCGGUGCGCUUUUUGGCCUGUUGGGAUCCAUGCUUUCGGAGCUCAUUACGAACUGGUCGAACUAUACGAACAAGUGUUCAGCUCUGUCGACCAUGUUGUUGAUUAUUUGCCUGAAUCUAGCCAUUGGAUUUCUACCUCGAGUCGAUAAUUCCGCUCAUAUAGGAGGGUUUGUAUCCGGACUGCUUGCCGGAUUUGUCCUUCUAAUGCGACCUCAGUAUGGAUACAUAAGCAGCAAGCAUGUUCCAGAGGGAUAUCAGAUAAAACAUAAGGUUGCAAAGCACCAAGUGCACCAGUAUGUGUUAUUUGGUAUCUCCUUAGUCCUGUUAAUUACCGGGUAA